GCUCAAUAACUCAAGACCCAAUAGCGGAAAUCGAGUUUAUUGAACCCAAAGAGGCCGUGUGUAAAAUCGUUCAUCCAAAUUUCUCAGUUGCGAGAAUCGAAUGGUAUGCCUUACACUGGAUUCCCGUCACUGAGUCUCAAGAUAUUGAGCCCAAUAUUUUGGUGCAUAUUAUGGAAUUCUGA